GGGGGGCGGAGCCAGGCUGACAGGGGUGGGAGGGGGCAGUUGGGCCCGGGAUGGGGGGGUAGGAAUCUCCGAGCUGCAGUCCGUGAGCUCCGCCUGACUCUCCCCAGUACCCGAGGUGCCAGUGAGGGGGUUCUAGAGCGCGGUUCCGUCCAGCUCCGGUUCCAGCAGAUGCAGUUCCACCAACGCUGCUCUGGUUUCCCACAGCUCAAGGAUGGCGGAACCUCGCUUUAACAAUCCAUAUUUUUGGCCUCCACCUCCGACCAUGCCCAGCCAGCUGGAUAACCUGGUGCUAAUCAAUAAGAUCAAGGAACAACUGAUGGCCGAGAAGAUCCGACCUCCUCAUUUGCCGCCCACUUCCGUCCCUUCCCAGCAGCCUCUGCUGAUCCCCCCGUCGCCCGCCGAGACCAGCCAGUCUGUCAUGUCCCUGCAGAAGCUCCAGCAAAUCCCGGGGCUGCACCCUCAAGCGGUUCCUCAGCCGGACGUGGCGCUGCAUGCGCGGCCCGCUACCAGCACUAUCACUGGCCUGGGCCUGUCAUCCUCCCGCAGUAUUGUCAGCACUUCCGAGUCCGGCACGGGCACCAGCAGCAUUACCCCCUCCACUCCCACCUCCAGCAGCCAGACCCGGCUCAUCGCUACGUCCCCCACGCUCAUCUCAGGGAUCACAAGUGCCCCCACUCUGGACUCCCUUAAGACCAUCCAGGGACACAGCCUCUUGGGACCCACAAAGCCUGAGAGGGGGCGCAAGAAAAUCAAAGCAGAGAACCCGCCGGGGCCCCCGGUUCUUGUCGUCCCAUACCCCAUCCUGGCCUCCGGAGAUAUUGGGAAAGAAGGAAAAACUUACAGGUGCAAAGUCUGCCCUUUGACCUUCUUUACCAAAUCAGAAAUGCAGAUCCAUUCGAAAUCCCAUACGGAGGCCAAACCCCACAAGUGCCCGCAUUGCUCCAAAUCCUUUGCCAAUGCUUCCUACCUAGCUCAGCAUCUGCGCAUCCACCUCGGCGUCAAGCCUUAUCACUGCUCCUACUGUGAGAAAUCCUUCCGCCAACUCUCUCAUCUCCAGCAGCACACCAGGAUCCACACCGGUGACCGACCAUACAAGUGCCCGCAGCCUGGCUGUGAGAAGGCUUUCACUCAACUCUCCAACCUGCAGUCUCACCAGCGACAGCACAACAAGGACAAACCCUACAAAUGCCCCAACUGCUACCGAGCCUACACCGACUCCGCCUCCCUGCAGAUCCACCUCUCGGCCCAUGCAAUCAAGCACGCCAAGGCCUACUGCUGCAGCAUGUGUGGGAGGGCAUACACGUCUGAGACCUACCUGAUGAAGCACAUGUCCAAGCAUACAGUAGUCGAGCACCUCGUUAACCACCAUUCCCCGCAGAGGAACGAGUCUCCGGGGAUCCCAGUGCGGAUUUCGCUCAUCUAAAAAGAACAUUGAAACCAACGUAGGGCGCAGCAGCCAUUCGCUCCCUCUUCCAGCCCCCUUCAUACUCCAUAUUGCCCUGCCGGGAGCACCCAGGCGAGGAGAGGGCGGCUUGGGAAACCAAGAGCAGCUGGACUGUCAGUUCCCCUGGAAUCUGAUCUCUUGGGCACACGUUGGACAGCGCUGCGCAGUGUUUCAGCAACCGGAUUGGUUCCUUGAGAGCUUUCAGAUUCUAUGGUAUUUGUCCCAUCUCUUCACAUUGCAGCCCCCCCGGAUGUUCUUCUGAGGGUCUCUCUGCCAUUGGAAUUACAAGCAUUUCAUUUUGGUCCCUUGUGGAACACGUAAGCUUUUGAUUGGACGUCAGAAACUUCUGGCUGACGUAUGAGGCGCAGCCUGUAUGAGAGGGUCCCUGCCUCCUGGAGUGGGUCCGUCUGUAACUGUUUGGCCGACCCAUUUAGGUGGUGCCAAACCCCCCAGCUGAGCACUUUGAAUCUUUCACCUUUUAUAUCGGUUUAUUUUUUCCCCCCUGACAUUUUUUUAUCCUCCCAUUUUUUUACAUACAAGAAAACAAUUAAAAAAAAAA